GAGCAGUGGAUUGGCUGAAUCCAUACGAAGAGCAUGGCUGGUGACGUGCCAGCUCGGCUGGACGCGCCGGCCGAGUCGAGCCAGCCCAAGCCCGAGCCCAAGAAAAAGCGGGCUUGGGCCCCCAAAGUCAAGUCAGGUACGGAACCCUUUCCUUCUUGGCGGCGUCUUGGAUGGUCGAGGCAGGCAAGCCGGCUUACGCGCAGGGAAACCCGCUACCUAGGGUGCCGGCAAUGCAAGGCAUCGCAUGUCAAAUGUGACGAGCAGCGCCCUGUAUGCGGCCGGUGCCAUCGCCGACAAAUUGCCUGCAACCAACCCCUAUCCUGGAGGAGCCACCGAGGCUCAGCAGCAUCCGCCUUCCAGCCUCUGCUCCCGGACCCCAGCAAGCCCCGGGCGCUGCGUCUUGUUGAGCCUUCGGCCUGCCUGAUGACGCCCUCAGAGGUGCCCUACUUUGACAACUUCCGACACAACGUCAUCUAUCAGCUCGGCCACGGGUUCAGCGGGUUCUGGCGAAACACAGUCCUCCGUGAGAGCGGCCGCGACGACUGCGUUCGUAACGCCAUCAUUGCGCUGGGGGCUCUCGCGUGUGCCCAGAAGCAGUACGGUAGUGACUGGACGACCGUCGACGCACAAGCCGGACUGCCCCUGUACAAGACACAGCUGCAGACGCUGGCCGGGGCUCCCGGCUACGACCACUACUACCAAGCCCUCGUACACUACACCCGAGCCCUCGGCUCGCUCCGCCGCCUCAUCACGAUGCCCCUGCAGAGCAGCGGCGCGGGCCGAGCCAUCCUCAUCGCCACCAUCUUGCUCGUCGGGUUCGAGACCCUGCAAGGCAACCCGGCGGCCGCAGACCAGCUCGGCGCUCUCGGCUUGUCACUUUUACACGAGCCCAUCAUGCAGGGCAGUCUCGCCACCAAGGGGCCGAGCUCGGCCUCCCAGAUAGCUAGCAUUCUCGACGACGAAAGCACCUGCGAGGCCGAGACUGUCCUCGUGCGCCACAUGCUCUUAAACGCCGGGCUGUCCUCGCGGUAUCGGCAAGCCAGAGAGGCCAUCCUGCGGCUUCCAAGUCCUGCCGCAUACGGGCCCCGGCCCUGGCCCUUCCCACCCGACGCUCGUUACAGCGCUUCAGAGUUCUCGCGCAUGUGGACGCAGUGCCUGCUCCACGCAAUCAUGUGGUGCAUUCGAGUCCAGGCAGCAAUGCUGGUGCACCAGAGUAGCGGCGAGGACCACCACAGCAGUGCAGCAGAGCAAUGGCACGUGUAUCAGCAGGAACAAACCCUCAUGAUGGCCCUGCUCAAGGCGUGGAUGGCUGCUAAUCAGCAGAGGAUGGUCCAGGCAAUGGCAGCUAGCGAGCAUGGACAGGUCUCCUACUACAGUGAGGCCGGCCUCGCAAUGGCCGGCUGCUACUACUGCAUCUACACCGUCUUCGACCUCUCGGACAAGCCGGGCGGCGACGACUACAAGUCCGCCAUGGGCGAGCUGCUUGCCGGCAUCGAGGCCGCCUUGCAGGGCCGCCCCAACAACACUACUACACUGCGGCCCUACGGCGCCGUUCUGGAGGGCAUCAACCCCGUCAUGGCGCAGUUCACGCUGCAGAUGCCACAUCCCGGCCUGCGCCACCGGGCGAUGGAAGUAUGGGGCAAAGUGCUCACGUUCAACCCCGCGGCUGGCUGAUCUAAAUAAGCACAUGGUACGAGCAGAGAUAGACAUCAUGAAACUUCAAUAGCAUUGAGACAGACUUGCUCUUUAUUCAAUCGCCAGGGUGUACCGGACUAGACACACUGGGAUCCUCUAGGCCGCGUCUCUAGGGAGCCCAGAGGGUGUUUUGAUAGCGACAUCGCGAUGCUCGGACGGACGACAUACCACUCGAGAACCAGGACUACUAUCUGAGCAGAGAGGAAUGUGGAGCGACUACUACUCUGGGGCCUGUGGGUGACGAAUCUCAGUCGUCAAAGUACCUGGGGCCAAGAGGCAUGGCGGUGAGGUAGAGAGAGCGGCGGCGAUGCCAGCAAUUCAAGCGCG